GGCGAGGCGGUAGCUCGCUAAGAUAGCGCUGCGGGAAACACUGAAUAGACACGUUAAUUACUUACCUAAUACAUGUAGCCUUUCUUGCUAUGCCCCACGCUCUCUCCCGCUCUCAUUCUCCUACACAAAGUUUUUUUUUUUUUUUUUUUUUUUUUUUUUUUUUUUUUAAUAUGUUAAGAUGCUUAGACUUGUUUCAUCAACGUUGUCACAACCAGGCUCUAACGUUAGCUUACCACUUAACAAUGCGCCAUUACGUUUGCUUUUGUGAUCUAACUGACACAGGCGGAGAGAAAGACGAACAUUUGUUUAGAGCUGCAACAAUGAACAAAAAUCGAUUAUUAACCCUCUUGCCUCUUCUACAUUUUCACUAGUUUUUUGGCCAUAACUUUCACUGUAUGACUUGAAAUGAAUGUAUGAUAUUUGGCUAGGAUAGGAAGCUUAAUUUCAUGUAACUUUCAAAAUUUGGUUUUGAAAUUUUUCUAACAUCAAUAAUACACUGGGUAAAAAAAAAAAUCAUACUCGACCUAAUACGCUUUUUAUAAAUUAUACUGAGAUUUGGUAAUGGUUUAUUUCAACCAGUUACUUUCUUUCUUACUUGUCUUUCAACACUAGUCACUGGUCAACAUUAAAUUCAAAACAAUACGGAAAAAUAUGUAAAUGAUAAGUUAACAAUCAUCUUUAUUGGGGGGAGAUUGGCUAACACAGUUUAGGUCAACUAUUUCACAACCAAUAGCAUUUAUUUCGAUUUUGGAAAUUUCAUGAUUCAUAUUUUUUUUUUUCUUUCUGCAGAUAAGUGAUGUGAGAAGAUUUUAUGGAGUAAACUGAAAAGUCCUCCUAGUCAUGGAUACAGAGAGCCCACUUCUGUCUUUCAUCAAAUCAAGUCUUCCUAAAAUGAGAGACCCUGAGCCUUUGUUGCAGCGUCUGCAAGAUUUAGGAGUUGAGGACCUGGAAGACCUGAGCUAUGUGCAGGAGAGUGACCUCCUUUCUGUCCUGAGACCAAUUGAAGCCAGGAAGCUUCUGUCACUGCUCAAAAAGACAAGCCAACAAGAUGUCUUGGACAGCCCUCCAAGCAACCAGAGCAACCAACAGUUCAGCAGAGCCAGUACCAGUACAAGUCCAGUAACACAGUCUGACGAGAUGCACCUUUCUGGUGGUUACAGCUCAGAAAGUUCACCGCGGUCAACAAGUAGUUCAAGUGUGGAUAUCACACCUCGUCGACUGUCUGAUAACAGCUGGCAUUUUAAAUUUCAAAUUCCUUGGCAGAAAAUUCCAUCUGAGAUCAUCAGAAAGCUGGAAAGGGGAAACCGGCCAACAAAAAGAAACUCGACUUUGGCAGCGGAGAAUUUCAUGCUGUCUGUGGACCAGACCAUUGUGAAUGGCCACAUCAGAAUCUUCAGUGAUGCUCUUAUGCUGAUGUUUGGUUCGUACUACUGUAUGAACAUAUCUUACCCAGCAGCCCAGGCAUCAACUUUGGAGUUCUUACAGAGGUGCCUCUUCAAGAUAAAUCCAGACAAGGGAUCAAAAGUGGAGCGGAACGCUACCAAAAGAAAACUUGCAGUCAGUCCAAAGGUUCUCACGCUGAUCACCAGAAUUACAGACUACGAGUGGAGGGAAUAAGAAGUGCUCACAAGUUAUGGAUACUUUGUCCAAGUUACAGACUGUUAUGGAUUAAUAUCCAGUGAGGUUUCACAUAAACUGUUAUGUAGCUUUGUUAUGAAUGAUGUGGAUUACUUGGCCAAGUUAUGGAUGCCUUUUGGAUGUAUGGUUACUUGACCCAGGUUAUAGAAAUGUUACUGUAAAUUGGUAACAACUUUUUCUUUUUCUUUUUUUUUUCUUUUUUUUUUUACUUUGUUUUA